AUGUGGAAACAGAAUGUGGUGAGAAACUACAAUCCAAACAGGAAACAGAAUGUGGUGAGAAACUACAAUCCAAACAGGAAACAGAAUGUGGUGAGAAACUACAAUCCAAAUAGGAAACAGAAUGUGGUGAGAAACUACAAUCCAAACAGGAAACAGAAUGUGGUGAGAAACUACAAUCCAAACAGGAAACAGAAUGUGGUGAGAAACUACAAUCCAAACAGGAAACAGAAUGUGGUGAGAAACUACAAUCCAAACAGGAAACAGAAUGUGGUGAGAAACUACAAUCCAAACAAGAAACAGAAUGUGGUGAGAAACUACAAUCCAAACAGGAAACAGAAUGUGGUGAGAAACUACAAUCCAAAUAGGAAACAGAAUGUGGUGAGAAACUACAAUCCAAACAGGAAACAGAAUGUGGUGAGAAACUACAAUCCAAACAGGAAACAGAAUGUGGUGAGAAACUACAAUCCAAACAGGAAGCAGAAUGUGGUGAGAAACUACAAUCCAAACAGGAAACAGAAUGUGGUGAGAAACUACAAUCCAAACAGGAAACAGAAUGUGGUGAGAAACCACAAGCCGCUACACACCAGAGCUGCCCUCUUAUUUAACCAGAGAUGGGACUGGUUCAUCAUGGCUUCAGAUCCUUGUUAG